AAAGGCUUAAUAUAAGAGAAGUAGACGAGAAGACAAUUUUUCUUUGAGAGAGAGAGAGAGAGAGGUGUUGUUGAUUAACGUUUGCUAGCUUUCGAUUCAAGUCAAACACUACUUAAAGCUUUUCCCAUCGAUAAAUCAAUAGAUAGAGAUCGAUCGGAUAGAACCGUCGGAUGUUACAUCUGUUCGUCGGUGAUUAUCGGCGGAAGCCCUCCGUGGUUGAGUCUGGGGUUCUGGUGGACGGUGAUGACGGUGGCGGUGGAUGAUCGAAGCAGUUUUUAAUUAUUUGUUAGUUGGUUGUGAGAGUUUGUUGGUUUGUUAUAUAGGGUAGUUAGUUGGGGGUUUUGAGAAGAUGAUGAAGAAAGGGAAAGGGAAGAAUACUAGUAGUGGCUUGUUACCUUCUUCCUUUAAGAUCAUUUCUUCUUGCCUUAAAACUGUAUCCGCCAACGCCACCAACGUUGCCUCCUCCGUUCGUUCCGCCGGAGCUUCCGUCGCCGCUUCUAUCUCCCCUGCAGAAGAUGACAAGGAUCAGGUGACAUGGGCUGGCUUUGGCAUUCUCGAGCUGAGUCAACAUAUCACAAGACAUGUUCUCUUACUCGGCUAUCAGAAUGGCUUUCAAGUCUUUGAUGUUGAGGAUGCCUCUAAUUUUAAUGAACUUGUCUCGAAACGCGGCGGCCCAGUUUCGUUCUUACAGAUGCAGCCAUUACCUGCUAGGUCUGGUGAUCAUGAGGGUUUUGGGAACUCGCAUCCGCUUUUGCUGGUUGUUGCUGGGGAUGACACAACUGGCACGGGUUCGGGUCAAAGCUUUUCGCAUAAUGGUUCAUUAGCGAGGGACGGUAGAGUUGACUUUUCCGCAGAUGCCACUAGUUAUCCGACCACUGUUCGCUUUUACUCCCUCAGGUCUCACAGCUAUGUAUAUGUUCUGAGAUUUCGGUCAUCUGUUUGCAUGAUUAGAUGCAGCUCCCGAGUAGUAGCUGUUGGCCUUGCAACUCAAAUAUAUUGCUUUGACGCACUUACUCUGGAAAACAAGUUCAGUGUUCUCACCUAUCCUGUUCCUCAGCCAGUGAGACAAGGGACAACUAGGGUCAAUGUUGGCUAUGGUCCGAUGGCUGUAGGUCCAAGGUGGCUUGCAUAUGCUUCCAACAGUGCCAUGGCCAUGAAAACAGGGCGCCUAAGCCCACAGAGCUUUGUUUCUUCACCCAGUCUCAGUCCAAGUAGGGCGACAGGUGGAAGUAGUGUGAUGGCCCGUUAUGCGAUGGAGUCUAGUAAGCAGUUAGCCAAUGGACUACUCAACUUGGGGGACAUGGGAUAUAAAACAUUGUCAAAAUACUACCAAGAAAUGCUCCCUGAUGGAUCUAAUUCUCCAGCGUCGCCAAAUUCAGUCUGGAAAGUUGGUGGGGGUGCUGGAUUGGAUGCAGAGAAUGCUGGAAUGGUUGCUGUCAAAGAUCUUGUUUCCGGAGCUGUAGUAUCACAGUUCAAGGCUCAUACGAGUCCUGUCUCAGCCCUUUGUUUUGAUCCUAGUGGAACCCUAUUGGUUACUGCUUCUGUGUGUGGGAACAAUAUCAAUGUCUUUCAGAUCAUGCCAUCUCGUUCGCAUAGCGCACCUGGUGACCUAAGCUAUGAGUGCGACACUUCUCAUGUGCAUCUCUUCAAGCUGCAUAGAGGGAUCACUUCGGCUAUUGUCCAGGACAUUUGCUUUAGUCGUCAGAGUCAGUGGGUGGCUAUUAUUUCAUCCAAGGGAACUUGCCAUAUUUUCGUUUUAAACCCCUAUGGCAGCGAUGCUGGGUUGCUACCUUUAAACUGUAAGGGUAAACAACCUGCCCGACCUUCAGCUUCAACUGUUCCAUGGUGGAAUACUCACACUUUGGCAAUUAAUCAACAGUCUUCACCACCACCAGCUGUAGCCCUUUCUGUAGUUAGCAGAAUAAAAUAUAGCAGUUUUGGAUGGCUUAACACAGUAAGCAAUGCUGCGACUGCUGCAACUGGAAAAGUUUUUGUACCAUCGGGUGCUGUGGCUGCUGUUUUUCACAAGUCUGUUACUCAUGACCUUCAACAGAACUCGCGAACUAACUCAUUGGAGCAUAUUUUAGUAUAUACUCCAUCAGGCCAUGUGGUGCAGCAUGAACUUCUGCCAUCUGUUUCCACAGAAUCGCCUGAAAGUGGUUCGAGAGUGCACAGAGCAUCACAUGCUCAAGUUCAGGAGGAUGAAUUGAGGGUCAAAGUUGAGCCUAUCCAGUGGUGGGAUGUAUGCAGAAGGUCUGACUGGCUGGAAACAGAGGAACGACUUCCCAAAAGUAUCACUGAAAAGCAAUACCAUUUGGAUACAGGGUCGAGUAACUUGCCAAUCCAUGAGGAUGCAUGUCUUUCCGUUGACAUCAAUGGCAACUUUGGUGAAGAUAAAACUAGUUCUGAGAAGGCCCCUGAAAGAUCCCACUGCUAUCUUUCUAACUUUGAAGUAAAGGUUACCUCAGGGAUAUUACCAGUGUGGCAAAAUUCGAAGAUUUCUUUUCACGUGAUGGACUCUCCAAAAGAUAAUAUUGGUGGAGAGUUUGAGAUAGAAAGCGUCCCAGGCCAUGAACUUGAAAUAAAACAGAAAAAACUCCUGCCAGUUUUUGACCAUUUCCACAGCACCAAAGCAACGUCGGAGGAGAGGUUUUCCAUGAAAUGUUAUCACGCAUCAGCAUUGGGAUCUUACCAAGCCAAUGGAAAGAUUUGCCAAGAUAUCAUCAACUGUCACUCGAAGCCAGGAUCAGUAGAGUCUGCUGGAAGUUCUGAAGAGAGUUCAUCAAAACGGAUGGAUAAUUUCCAUGAUUCGGAUCACAUGAACAACUCAUUCAAUUCUUCUUUAAACCUUUACCCAACAACAAAUGGGUUCUACAAGGAAAUAGAGAAGGAGAACACAAAUGGGUUUGUUGAGACACUUGUAACAGCCGAACUCUACACGGUAGAAGAUACCCGGAUGGAGAAUCACAUCACAAAUGGCUUCACCACACAACCGGUUCACACCGAUAAUUCAGUCAAUGAACAGAUGCUCUCUCCAGGAAAAUCUUCUAUGAACUUUGGUUUUGCUUUGCUUGAAGAACACUGUAAACCAGUAGCAGAUCCAAAAGAAGAACACUUGAAGAAGUCAGAUGAAGGUACUAAUGGUCAUCAUAUAAACGUCAACAACAAUACAGAGAAACCACAAGGAGAUGAGAUGGUAUGUGGUAUGGUCUCCUUUGUAGGCGAUUGAAUCUCAUGGUACCACACUCAAAAGCCUCGGGUCUAUGUAUAAAAUAUCUAUGGCAAAUAGCUGUCAAAAGUCCCGAAGGCGUUCUGAAGUUUGUAAACGUGUAAAGAUCAUCAUCACUGGCCUUGAACUAAUUUUUGUACAGUUGGAUCCAGGUAAAGAUCAUCAAACACCUUGGCCUUGAACUUCACCAGUCGUCCUUUUAUUUGUGUGUGGGUUUCGUUUCUCAUGGUGAUUUCUUCUGUGACUUGUUUCUCGAGUAUUUUACAGUUGUCGGAAUAAAAAUCAACUGCUGUUACUGCAAGAACUGAAUACUGAAAUCAUGUGAUAAUAUAUGUGAAUGGUGUUUUAUUA